GAUAUCCUGCCGCGUGCAGCACAAAGCAAACACGAAUUUGUUAUUUCUUGCUAAUCAGCUUUGAACUGAGGAAAGGUGGAGAGAGAUCAAGACGAGCUUUCUCCCUGUGCAGCAGUUUACUUUCUUCAGAUUUCCUUUUGAAUAAACCGAGUCCUGAAGUGUGUGGCCUCGCGACCGGGACGAAACCAGCCGAACUGCAGGUGUGUUGCUUGUCGACGUUGGAUCAAGCUACUGGGAAGUUGCUUUUGGAACAGGUUCGGAAUGAUGCAGAGAAUGCAACGCCAUGCUGUGCUCAUCCUCCUCAUCGCCCUCAUUGAGACCCUGGUGGUGACAACAGCAAGGGGCCAGGUGCGCCUGAACUGCACUAGUUUUGGUGAUAACAACUGCGACAGUGGAGUUCAGUGCAUUGAGAGUGACGUCAAAGGAGUGUUAACACCAGAGUGUGCAUACGUUACUUGUCACAGUAAUCUCACCAAAGUCUAUGUUCCAAAGGGUUCUUUAGAUAAUUCCUCAUUCCAGGCUUCCCGCAAGCUUUGCGCCGAAACUGGCGGUUACCUUCCACCUGCCUCCUUCGACACGUGCAUCAGGAGCCUCCUAGAGAAAGUUUACCCCGCUGAACAGAAUCGCGCAUCGUGGAAGGGUGAUGAACACUUAUUCAAGGUGAAUCCUACAGUUGUGGGGCUUGACAACGUCCUGGCUACCUGUGUGAAACCAGUGUUUGAUAUCUGCAAUAUGAAAACUCUCUCUGUGGGCGAUUAUUUAUUUUACCUUCCAUGGGGAUAUGACCCCGUGUCCAAGACCGGCAAUCAGACAGCUCUGGCUAAGUGCAAAAAUCAAGUGCCCAGUAACAAACAGAAUAGCGUGGAAUUGGUGCUGAAUGCUACUGGCUAUUUUACCGACUUGAAGACAUGCCUUUUGAAUUUCAGAAGUGCAGUGUCCGGGUCAAGGAACCCUGCCUUGACGUGGCUGACGGAGGACAGCAGCCCGGGAGCUGUCGUCUGUAGAAUGCAGGAUGAGUGUUUUACCUCUGCCCGCGGCAAUCGUUGCCCCGCCACGUGCGAGUCCAACCCCUUCAAGAGCGGGUAUACAUGCGUUUCAAGUAGCACUAAUCCUUCCUGUUCUUCGGGGUACCAACGUACCCAAUAUGGGUCGAAUAUGUUCUGCGCAGACGCGGAUGAAUGUACUACUUCGCAUCAUUGUUAUUCGGAAACCGAACAGUGUGUGAACACAAUCGGAUCUUACAAUUGCCGAUGCUCACCGGGCAAACCUUUUGACGAAAUCCUGAAAAGAUGCGUGGAUCCUAGGGUUUGUCAAGAUAGAUGUCCAGAAGGCCAUAAAUGCUUGCACAGCGACCGUACAACAGCCCAUUGCGUUAAAAACAACAGCGACUCUACGGCCUGUCCAACUGGAUAUAGGGCACAUACAAAAGUUGGCUGCGUAGAUGAUGACGAAUGUCUUGGUGCUACUCAUGGCUGUCCCAGUAAUUUGGAGUGCAGAAACAACUUCGGCUCAUUCUCUUGCAGAUGCUCUGUUGGGUAUGACUUUAGCCCUACUGGAGGUCAAUGCUUUGAUGUCGACGAAUGUCAACGUGGACAACAUAACUGCUGGGGUGAAACAUACUGCCAAAAUACAAUCGGCGGCUACAGCUGUCCUUGCAAACCUGGAUUCACAAUUUCAAACAGACGUGGAUGCAUUGAUUUUGAUGAGUGUCUUACGCGUUUGGCGUGCACUGCACCGAAUACGGAGUGUACAAACCAGAAGGGAAGUUUCGUCUGCGCUUGCAAGCGUGGAUUCCACGGCCUCACAUGCAAAGAUGUUGAUGAAUGUCUUGAACCAGGAGCCUGUAUGUCACCUAACACACAGUGUGUAAACUACCCCGGUUUCUUUUCCUGCGAGUGCAAAGCUGGGUUUCAUGGCACUGACUGUUCGGAGACUGACUAGUAUGCAGCAGUGACUGUUCGGUGACUGACUAGCAUGCGGUUCGGAUUUCCCUUUCAUCCUGGCCUUGGCAAGAGCAGACAGCUCUGAUAAGGUCAACCACAAUAUCAUCAACAAGAACAACGAAGACGAUAACGACGGCGCUGCCGACGACAACAACAACAACAACAACAGCAGCGGCAGCAGCAGCAGCAAUGGCCACAACGAAAAAAGCCGCUGUGGCUACUGGUCGUUGUGGGGGUAGCGAUUUGAAACAGCGGCAACACUUAUAUUGAGAAGUGAUUUGUGCAUCAGUGCGGCGGCAAUCAGCAUCCAUGUAUUAUGCUCAGCUUGGAAGUCGUUGCCUUGUUAUUAUAGUAUGUAUUGAAAGUGUUCUCGCAACUCAUACUGACCUCACUUAACCAUGAUCUCAAGACUGCACAUUCCCUUGCCGAGUUGCUACUGUAUGCAGUCGUGUCAUUGCUGUGUGUUGCUGUGUGUUAUACAUUUAGUUUGUAUGCAAUUAUCCGUGUGGAUUUUUCGAAGUUGAUUAUAGUUAUUCUUCACUCGCCGUUUCGUCGCUUUCUCUUUGUGC